AUGCAAAAAAUUCGUGUGCGAGCACCAAAUAUCCAUGACGAUGAAAACGACAAAUUACUAUUUCCCCAUCUUAUUAAUUCGAAUAAUUGUUGUUUUUCUGGAAGUUCUGAUAUAACAAAACAGCAAAAGAAAAUUAAACAAUAUAUAUCGAGAAGUCAACAAAACCCUUUUAAUGAUAAAGGACAACAAGAGGUAGUAGAGACACCCGAUCUUCCAACUCAUUCACAAUUUUUACAACGACAACAUUUUCAACAUACAUCUCAACUUCCUUCUAAUUUUCCGCUUAUUCAACAGUUUACCUCAGAAAUAACACAAAAUCAACAUAGACAGCCAAUCUAUUUUUCUUUUAACAGUCCUCAACAAUACUGUAUUAAUCCACAACCCCCAACAAUUCUACCUAAUAUACAUAGGACAUAUACAAUUAAUGCGGCUAUGCGAAACAACUCACUUGCUCCACAACUAUAUUUAGUCUCGCAACAAAGACCUGUUGGUGGUCAAUUACUAGUUUACUCACAACCUUCUUUACCACCUAUUUUUUCACAACUUGGCCAUCAAGGAACUUUAGUUUCAAAUACUUCACAACAAAUUGUCUCGCAACAAAAACAAAAUUUUUUGCAACAAAUAUCAACAACUUCUCAGCAAACAGCGAACACUACAUCUUUGUAUGAAUGGUUUUCUUCUUUACCUACAUCCAUAUUAGCGCAGAUUCCUCCAACAAAUCUUAUUCACAAUUAA